GCGGCGGCUGAACUCUCUUCCCCUGACGCCGGUGUGAUGCUAGAGCUGAGGAAGAGUCUUAAUAUUACCGAUGAUUCCUUUUGGAAUGUGGAGUACGAGCCGUGCGGAUGGGCAGGCGUGACUUGCGGAAUGAAUGAUACCCGGGUUGUGCAUCUCGUCAUCAAGAAUCUUACCCUCAUCGGAACUCUGCCGGAAAGUCUCGGAAAGCUCACCAAAUUGAUCACAUUUGAUGCCGGAUAUAACAUCAUCUACGGCCCACUUCCGGACUUUAACGGGUCGGUCGAGCUCAGUACCCUCAUCGUUGACUUUAACCAGUUGUCUUCAAUCCCGGAAAGUCUUUUCCACUCGAAGCCUAACCUGAGUUUCGUUUCUCUCAACUACAACACUUAUCUCCUCCCGUGGAAGAUCCCAGAAGGUCUAAAAAAUGCUACAAACCUCAGGCAUUUCUCCGCCUUCUAUUGCAACAUUUACGGGCCCUUCCCGGACUUCUUCACCGGCGACAAUUUCCCGGGCUUGGCGCACCUUCAUUUGGCGUACAACAACUUUUCCGGUCAGGUCCCUCAAGACCUGCCGGGAUCUCUGGAGACCCUGUGGCUGGACCACCAGGGUGACACCCACUCAUUGUCAGGCGACAUUUCUUUCGUACAGAACUUGACCCGGCUCACCAGCCUUUGGCUGAACGAGAACCAGUUUUCCGGCGAAAUACCCGACUUAUCCGGCCACCAAUUCUUGGAAGAAUUCGUGAUGUGCUGCAACAAUCUAAGCGGUUCAGUGCCGGAGUCACUGUCGAACAUUUCUUCACUGCUACGAGUGGAUUUAUCGAAGAAUAAACUUACGGGGUCCUAUCCCUGGAAACAACACAGGAGAUUUUCCCAACCUUAAUAAAUUGGAUGUUUCUAACAAUGAUCUUAGCGGCCAGGUCCCUCGAUUUGGUCCUAGUGUGACGACAUUGACAUUAUGUGGGAAUAAACAUUUAUCGGAUGAAAGAGGGAAGCCAUGUUGAGAGCAUCGAUCUUAGGAUGAUGAUGAUGGAUGAUGUUCGUGUUUUCAUGUCUUCUUUAUUAUACGGAGUAAUAAAUUUGUGUUAGAAAAUAGAAGAGGUUGUUGGUUGUAUGAGUAGAAUAAGUGAUUUUAGUGAGGUGUAAUGUAGAUGAUGUGUUUUAGAGGAGAGCUCUUGUCUCUAGAAAAGUAGUAUUGUAUUGAUGUUUAUUGGUUUUUGCUUGGUUUGCAAAUGAGUACAAUGAG